AUGGAGCCGCAGCCUGAGAGCCCGGCCUGCAGCCCCAGUCCCAGCUCGAGCCCGGACCCCUCUGACCGGCGGCGCGCCAGAGGUCUCACGGGCCCCGGGCUCGCGGGCAGGGGACGACCGGCCGCCGCCAACGCCGCGCGCGAGAGGAGCCGCGUGCAGACGCUCCGACACGCCUUCCUGGAGCUGCAGAGGACUUUACCGUCGGUGCCGCCGGACACCAAACUGUCCAAGCUGGACGUGCUGAUUUUGGCCACAACGUACAUCGCCCAUCUGACCAGGACCUUGCAGGAGGAAGGGGAGGAGGAGGGGGACGCGGGCAAACACACGACCGAGGCGUUCAGGUCACUCAAAGGGGACGGUUACCUGCAUCCUGUCAAAAAAUGGCCCAUGCGCUCCAGGCUCUACAUCGGUGCCACCGGCCAGUUCCUGAGCAACUCGGGCCACAGUGAAAAUCAAGGAGCGUCUUCAUCAUCUCAGACAUAA